UUUCCGGUUCUCCUACGUCACACUUCUUCCCAACAUGGCGGCCUCCUUCACCGUCCGCUCCUCGGUGCUCCGCAGGGCGCUACUCGGAGCUCUGAGCCUCACCGGCCGGACCCCGCGGCCCGCCGCCUCCUCUGCGGGGCUCCGGUGUCUUUGUACGGCGGCUCCGGGAGGAAGUCCGCCGGUGGUUUUAGAGUCCGCGGAGGAAUACAAGUUCGUUGAGCGGCUCAUCCCACCGACACGAGUCCCCGCUCCGCCGAAGCACUCCGCUCCCACCCCGUCAGGAUGGACCCCCCCGGCUGAGUCUCCGCCGGCUCUGCCCUACAUGAUCCGCCGCUCCCGCAUGCACAACAUCCCGGUGUACACCGACCUGACCCACGGUAACCGUCAGAUCACCAUAGUACGGAAAGUGGAAGGGGACAUUUGGGCUCUGGAGAACGACGUGAAGCAGUUUCUGAAGGAGAAGACUGGGAGAGAGCUGCCCACACAGGUGAACGAGGUCACCGGGACCCUGAAGGUUAAAGGUCACUUUGAUGUGGAGCUGAAGGACUGGUUGGCCAACAAAGGCUUCUGACGUCAGAGCUGUCCGUGUGGAUCUAUGGUGUGGACAGGUAGAGGGCUCCUCUGACCUGCUGACAUGUCGACACCUUGAAACUUUGUCCUGCAGGAGUUUCGACCCGGAUCAGUGUGAGAGCCGCUUCUUUAUGGAACUAUUGGACACCUGGUGUUGUGGUUAUGAGGCUGUCAGGUGUUCAACUUUGUACAUACUUAUGUUUAAUUAAUGAAACAAUAAAUCUAGAAGCAUAA